AUGGUGCUCCAGACCUGGGAGUGUCCCCUAUCCGCGGGACCCCUGGCAGCAGGCUGGCAGCUGCCACCACCCCCGUCGCUCCCCACUCACCAUGCUGGCGCCGCUCCGCACCCCUCGCGCGCUGCAGCUCCCUGGCGCGGAUUUGAACCUUCCCUCCAGGGCACCGGCUCCAGCCGAGACUGCGAGCCGGGCCGGAGCGGCCGGGCAGCAGGCGCCAGGAAAACGCGGGCGGGCGCCGGAGCCGGAUUGGCGAGGGAGGGACGCGAUCGGCAGUGCUCGCUCGCCUGCCCCAGAGGCGGAGGGAAAACCCGGCCUGACUCACCCGCGCGCUGCCGGCCCGGGGACCGGCCCGGGCCCCCGGAUGUGGGAGGCGGGGACGGGGGACCACCCCCGCCCACCGCGUGCCAACCUGAGCCCCGCCCGGGUUCGUGGCUCCAGCCUAGCCCUGCCCGCAGAAGCGCCGCGCAGCGGUGGCACCGGAGCCCCCAGAGGGUUGCGCUCUGCGCGGAGACCGUCCCUGGCGCGCGGGCUCGGGCACUGGCCGAGUCGAAGCCCGGAGUGCGGCCGACACCCCCAGAGGGCGCCCAGCCCACCCUCCUCCGCCUCCUAGUCCUCCUGGCCUCACCCGGCCCUCUCGGUUUCCAGAACCCAACAGCUUCCGAAGAGGCGUGUUCAAUCCAUCAUCUCCCUGAUCCUCACCGCCUCCUCUUAGGAGCCUGCAAGACCUGCUGAGAGGGAGGAGAUAACCUGGUGCUGACCUUCACCCGGCCUCGGGGUCCAGCAGAGAACAGAUCCCUCCAGAUCUGCCUGCGCACAGGUGUGUACAGGCUAUCACCCGAGUAGUGGGUCCAGGGGAUGAAGCCACAGGGAGCCCAGAUCCCUGUACCUGACGCGAAGAGGCAGAUGCUCGGCACUCAGUACUUGGCUAUGCUGUGCUGCAGGGAGAGAGGCCCCUGGAAUGGACAAUGUCCCAAUGUUCCUCCUCAUGUCCAAACCCCCUCACCCCAUCUCCUCAUUGUUCCUGAGCCCAGGCUGAGGGUCACCCUGCAUACACUUGACUGGAGCAAGGAGGCAAGUGAUGCGGGUCUCUGGGAUUCUCUGAUCUCUAUCCAGGAUGGUGGCACGGGUCUGGGUUUGCAGGCCCCCGGCCGCCCUCACCAGGCCCCCCAGCUAGGUGCUACUGCCCUGCCUUGGGCCACCAAGGACUCCAGACCCUGCACACGACCCCCACUCCCACCCCUACCACUCCCCAUGUGGUCAGUUUUUAUCAAGUACUCUUAGUUCCACACAAUAGGACCCCUCUGUAAGGUGGACAAAUUUAGCAAAUAAAAAUACAUAACACAGAGGCAAACUAGAAUUUGAGGUAAACAAUGGGUUAUUUUUUAUACCAAUUAAAUGUUUUAAAAUUUAAUUUUUUUUUUUGACUCACCCAUGGCUUGCAGAAGUUCCCUGGCCAAGGAUGGAACCACACCACAGCAGCAACCGGAACCAGGACAGUGACACCACCAGAUCUUUAACCUGCUGAGCCACCAGGGAAGUCCUUUAUACCACUUUUUAAUACUAAAAAAAUAAUAAUUUGUUUAUCUGAGACUCGAAUUUAACUGGGGGUUUCUGUAUGUGUCUGGCAACCUUACCCCUCCCCAUGCCCCUGCCUUUCCAUACCACCCCUGACCUGGGCCCACUUGAACUACUGUGGCCCCAUUGUAGCCUCUGCAGCUGCUUCCACUCUGUGUAUUGGCAAUUUUCCGCAACUGUCACCAGUUUAUUGGGCCAAUACACAUCUCGCCACCUAAAACCCUACCCCAGAAGCUGCAAACUUAAGACCCAUAAACAUGUUUGGUAGUGGUGGUAUUUUCCAUCACAACAUUUCAAUAUAAAGACUAGAUUUCUGGCUUCUC